AACCUUAUUAAUAAACUAACAAUACUAAUCAAUCUCAUCAUCACUAUUAUAAGUGUGAAUACCAACAUUGAUCCUCUCCAGAUCUCAGUCACAUCGCGUCUCUUAGUUACCUCUCUCUCUCAUGUUUAUUUUUCUCCUCCUCCUCUCUGCUUCUCGCUCCGGUGAAUCUUCGCCGUCCGGGGACGCCAACAGAAAAAGUUUUCCGGAGGGGUUCGUGUUCGGAACCGCCACGUCAGCAUAUCAGGUUGAAGGCGAAACGUACCAAGAUGGGCGUGGUCCAAGCAUCUGGGAUGCAUUUGUCAAGAUUCCUGGCAAGAUUGCUAACAAUGCCACGGCUGAGUUAACAGUGGACCAGUAUCACCUUUACAAGGAAGAUGUAGAUUUGAUGCAGACACUGAACUUUGAUGCCUACAGAUUUUCCAUUUCAUGGUCCAGAAUAUUCCCUGAGGGAACCGGUAAAAUCAACUGGAAUGGAGUUGCUUAUUACAACAGAUUGAUAGAUUACUUGGUCCAAAAAGGGAUUACACCGUACGCGAAUCUGUACCACUACGAUCUUCCUCUGGCUUUGGAAAAGAAGUAUAAAGGCUUGCUUGGUAGACAAGUUGUGGAAGAUUUUGCGGAUUACGCAGAGUUUUGUUUCAAGACAUUUGGUGAUAGAGUGAAGAACUGGAUGACAUUCAACGAGCCCCGAGUAGUAGCUGCUUUAGGUUAUGAUAACGGUAUAUUCGCACCGGCUAGAUGCUCUAAAGCCUUUGGAAACUGCAUUGAAGGAAACUCUGCCACUGAACCGUACAUCGUUGCACAUCACCUUAUCCUGGCACAUGCUUCAGCCGUCCAGCGAUACCGCCAACACUAUCAGGAGAAACAAAAGGGAAGGAUUGGUAUUCUUCUUGAUUUCGUUUGGUUCGAGCCUCUUACGAGUAGUGAAGCAGACAAUGACGCUGCUCAAAGAGCAAGAGACUUCCAUCUCGGAUGGUUCAUUCAUCCAAUAGUAUAUGGAGAGUAUCCGAAGACGAUGCAGGACAUAGUGAAGGAGAGGCUUCCAAAAUUCACGGAGGAGGAAGUGAAGAUGGUGAAGGGUUCCAUAGAUUUUGUGGGAAUAAACCAAUACACGACUUAUUACAUGUCCGCUCCACAUCCCACAGCCAAACCUAAAGAUUUAGGUUAUCAACAAGAUUGGAACGUCGUUUUUAACUUUGCAAAGGAUGGGAAACCAAUUGGUCCAAGGGCACAUUCGGAAUGGUUAUACAACGUACCAUGGGGAAUGUACAAGGCCAUGAUGUACGUUAAGGAACAUUAUGGCAACCCUACUAUGAUCCUUUCAGAAAAUGGUAUGGAUGAUGCGGGCAACAUUACUCAAGCUCAAGGAGUAAAUGAUACAUCAAGAAUCACGUAUUAUAGAGACUACUUAACGCAGCUUAAAAAGGCAGUAGACGAUGGUGCCAAUGUAACUGGAUAUUUCGCGUGGUCAUUGCUUGAUAAUUUUGAAUGGUUAUCUGGAUAUACUUCAAGGUUUGGAAUUGUGUACGUUGACUACAAGGACUUGAAACGAUACCCCAAGAUGUCUGCUUUAUGGUUUAGACGUCUUUUGAAACGGGACCAGUGAUGAGAUUAAUGUCUCCAUGAUUGGAUAUAUGUGGUAUUUAUUUGACUUUCCAACGCUAAUAAAAGUUUCAGCAGCAAGAAGUUUUGUCUUGUAUAUACGUUGUAACUUUCAAUAAUGUGUGUGGCGUUUUACAUUGAAGUUUCUCAUCA